GCCGGGCCGGGCAGGCACCCGCUCUGAUUGGCUGGAGGGGGCGGCGCGGAACCGGGGCUGCAGGGCGGCAUGGACGGGGCGCGCCGGGAGGGCAGCGAGGGGGCGCAGUCUCCGGUCGAGAUCUCCGAAGCUGAAGACCCGGGAGCAGAGGGGGGGGCCCCAGGGGCAUUUACAUUCAGCGCUGACCCCUCCCUGGAGGACAUCCGGCGGCUCCAGGCCGAGUUCGUGGCCGAGCGGGGGUGGGGCCGGUUCCACCAGCCCCGAAACCUGCUCCUGGCGCUGGUGGGCGAAGUGGGGGAAGUGGCCGAGCUCUUCCAGUGGCGGGCGGAGCCGGAGGCGCGGGCGGGCUGGGCUGGCGAGCGGGCGGCGCUGGCGGAGGAGCUGAGCGACGUGCUGCUCUACCUGGUGUCGCUGGCCCAGCAGUGCCGGGUGGAUCUGCGCGCCGCCCUGCGCAAGCUGGAGCGGAACCGGGCCCGGUACCCGGCCGACCGCGCCCACGGCUCGGCCCGCAAGUACACGCACUACCAGGCCCGCCCCACGGACGCCCAGCGCCGGGACGGACCCACGGACGCCUGCUGCCCCCAGGACUGAGAGACGGACUCAACCCCCGGCAGAGAGAUGGGGGUGUCCCCAACCCCACCACGUCAGCACCCCCCAGCUCCCCAAUACCUACAGCAACCCCUGUGCCCCCAGUUUAUCAACCCCCCAUCCCAGACCAGCCCCCCCCGUCACCCAGGACCCCCCAAAGUUCAGGCCGGAGUUUCUCUCUCUUUCUUGGUGUUUUUAAGUAAUAAAAACCUUCCCUUUUUGGGAGGCCCGUUUCUCUGUCGUGUCCAGUCUGGGGCUCCCCCUCCCCACACACGUGCUGCUGUGGGCUGGAAAGAAGGGGGGUCAGGCCCCCCAAAACAGACCCUGGGAGCAGUGGUGCAAACACAGGGGUGA